AUGGCAAACAUCCUCAGUGAUUCUAAAUCGGCGCUGGAAAGUCUCACUAACCCCAAUGCACUACACCCCCUCGCAGCAAAAAUUCUGGAACGCAUGCGAGACAUAGACAGCAAUCAAGGCAAAGUUAGACUCUUUUGGAUUAAAGCCCACUGCGGUAUUCCAGGCAAUGAGAGAGCAGAUGAGCUUGCAAAGUCUGCCGCGGAGACACUGAAGCAGACCCCAGUCUACGACUGUUUUCCUCUUUCCUUCGCAAAACGCUCCAUCAGGGACAAAACUUUGCAUAAUUGGCAAGAAAGAUAUACAACGGCACAAACGGGACAAGUGACAAAGAAGUUCUUCACAACUGUUAAGCAAGCCUACAAAACCAUGAAGAAUAUCAAGAUUAAUAAUAUGAGAUGCCAAAUUUUUACUGGACAUGGAGGUUUUAAGGCAUAUCUAUGUAAAUUUAAACUGGCGCAGAGUCCAUGCUGUGACUGUGACCAAUCAACACCACAAACAGUUGAACACGUGCUAAUAGAUUGUCCAAAGUAUGCAGCACAAAGAAUAAGCUGCGAACACCGCAUGGGCUUUGCAAUAAAUGAAACCACACUUUGUAAGGCAAUCAACGACAAUGACAGCUACAUGCAUUUCCUUGAAUUUGCUGAACACUGUUUGAAAAAGGUGCUCAAGGAAAAUGGAUCUAAAGUAUACUAG